AUGCUUCGAAUCGAUUUGGGGCAGAAGUUGCUGAUAAAGACUUUUUGGGUCAUAUGUGGAAACCCUACUCUUUGGAGUCCUGACGACCGGCUGAGCCAGGAUCCAGUUUCUAGGAGAUAUCCUAGAACCAGAAUUAGGAGCAGUUAUGGGAAGGACUGGUUUGCACAGAGCUUUGGCCUGUCGCCUUUGUACCCAGCGGCACAGUACGCCAGCAAUGUGUUAGCCGUGGGCGCUAUUGGCAGCCUCUCGUCUCUCUUAAAAGCUCGCGUGACUCUGGAAGAGCAAUCACACUGA